AUUUCCUGUACUAGUAUCAAUUUGGCGUGUCCUUUAUACUAGAACUGAUAAAAAAAGAAGACAAGUCAAGAGGAAAUGUUUCAAGUUUUCGUGUUACUUGUUUUGCCUUUUUGGACGAGCGCUUAUUCAUAUAAGGGUGACAAAAAUGUGCAAAAACAAGUAAAAAUUCUCCAAAACACAGUGAACGAGUUGAGGGACCUUGUUCAUGUUCAGAAGCAACGAAACGAUUUCCUUGAACUCGAAAUCGUAAAGACUCGGAAUGAAAUGGAGCAAAUGAAAGAAAUUCAUCUUUAUGAAAUAAGGAAUUUAAAUAGUCGCGUAUCUAAUUUGGAGCUAAUUGAAGCCAAGUACAAUAGAGUUUUAAAAACGUUGAAGAGAAACUAUACGGAUAUCAAGAAAUACGUUUAUCCUCUAAACUCCCGUCUAUGGAGACUGGAGAAGAUACAUACGGCGAUGAUGGAAGUUCCACAGGGACUGAGAAAUCUUUCUGAUGCCAACUCAAGUGUGGAUAAAGAAAAAUCAGAAAACGGGAAUCGGGACGUCAACAGAAUUCAGAAGCGAUUCCUUACACCUCUAAUACCUCCAUCCACCUCUCACAAUGGCAUUGCAUUUUACGCGUACAUGUCGUCAAUACUACCUUCUCCAAGCCCAGAACACGUGUUGGUUUUUGACGUCGCCAAAACUAACCUUGGAAAUGCCUACCACCCUAAUACCGGUGUGUUCAUUGUACCAGAAUCUGGAGUAUACGUUUUCACUUGGACUUUUCGGAUUGGAGCAAUCAAUGACCAUAGCAUUCAGUUGAUGGUUAACAGAGAAGACGUUGGUACCGUUUAUUUUCAUACCAUUGACGGAGUAGAUGCCGAGGCGACAGGCAUUGUGGUUGCACAUGUAAACGCUGGAGAUGACGUUUUCGUUCGAACACACCCUCAACUCAAAAUCGGGACCGGUCAUUACAUCAAUAGUAAUACUUUUGGAAGAUCCUCGUUUGCAGGAUGGAAGAUUUUUUGAUGUUGCAAUUAUGUAAGAUAGAUGUCUACUUUCAAAAAUUAAAAUGAGUCAUAAAAUCA